CAUUAUAACCAACGACCUGGUAUUCUCGACUGAUUAUUAUCUAAACAACGACAACAAGAAGCAUUACUCCUAAUAAAUCGACAAUGAUCAACCAAACGAGAAAAAUAUUGUGUUUCUUGCUGCUGAUUGCCACUCUGCUUUCCGCGGACGCAGCAACAUCGACGGUAUGUUCCAUGAAUUGACACGUUGUGUCUGUGGGGAGUGUGUCAUGGUGCCGGUUUCUCUUUCCUUGUCUCGAAUGCUUUCUGAUGAAUCCUGGGCACAUGACAGAGAGACCUUCAGUGCGUAUGAGUGCAUACCAAUACUGAUGUAAAAGUCUWUAUAUUUCGUUGAUUCGUUCGUUUUUUUCAAUUUAAUUCGCAACACACUUUGAUCAUCACAAURCCGAACACAAUUGUCACACAGAAAGAGAAAAUCUUGGCCGAUCGAGCAAAGCGCGUCGUUCACUUGGAGCAUUCCAUGGCACAGGUACAGAAACAACUCGACGAYCACCGAAGCCGUAAGAAAAGAUACCCCGCAAACCGUGUGAAAUCUUUGGAAAGCCGACUGGCUUCUUACAAGAGCCAGAUAUACGACUACUCCAGAGACCUGACUGAKGAGGAACUCGAAGAMCUAGUUGUGAAUCACCCGGAGCUUUAGAUUGAUCCAGUGCCAUGUAUUGCUGCACAAUCMAAUCCGUGGCAGCAGCAUCAAUUUUUGGUGUAUUAUUUGUGUCCCGUCCAUCUAUUGGGAGACUUCGAGGGGAAAAACUUACAAGAGUAGGAUGUACGAAUUUCAUUGGAUGRCAGAAUCGAAUAUACACUUGUCAUGAUGUUUUCUGGGCGUUUCGCAGAUCUGAGAUUUUCGAUUUCGAAACCAUUGACGAGAGGCAAAACACUAUAUUGGAUUGCGCACCAAUGCGACGUGCACAUACAAUUCGAACGAAACUAACCAAACAAUGUUAUAAUGAAGUACAAUACAACAAGUUAAGAAGGGCAAUAUAUCGAAGUAUGAUUCUCUGUUAGGACAUGCUGUUCCUGGUCACACAUUCACUGACAYUUGUUGAAAAUAUGAAUCCUCUACAGUUGCUGUGUGCUUGUCACCGAAUUCCUAUCGAUUGUGCUUUGGAACGUGGCCGAUGUACGUCGUUUGUAUGCCAAGGCUAUGUCGCAAGGCACCACUAUCUGGACUCUCGUACCUACACUYAGAWUUCGAUUCAAAAUUACCCUUUUCAUCAACGAUGAACUACUACAGUGCAGUUGCACCUAWGGGUCAUAGAUCAYGUGCGCGCYCCAAGUAGUCUGUUGACUGCAUAACAUUUGUUGUGCGUUUGGUAUGUCAGGAAGAACAUGAUAGCAUUUUGUGCAGAKUUUCAAUAGUAACUCUAUGUACCUUCUACCUGGACCACUGUCCAGAAUCAACAGGACUGGUCUGCCUGAAAUAUCCUCCUCAGCUGCAUCCAGAAAAGAUAGCUUCAUUACAUUGUCUUCAAUAGAUUCAUUCCAGCUAUUUUGUUACAGUUUGCAGUGAUGCCAUUUUCAACUGGUCUAAUGCAACCAUAGACACACUCACUUUG